ACCGCACAAAUACAAUGAUCUCAGAAACUGGGAACGACAAUCCGAAGGCCGACUAUCUCCGAUCCCAAGCGAGCUACUGCCCAGACUCCCCCGUCUCCUCUUCUCCGGAUUCUGGGCAGCUGAGCAGGAGGCGGGACACCCAGACCACCAGCGGCAGCAUCAUCCCGGAGGAGAGCGGCAGCAUCCAGCCCCUGGUCUCCUCCUCAGCCGCGGCCGCCGCCUGCAUCAUGACAUCGGGGGAGUUCAUCCAGAGCGCUCCGCUGCUGGCGCACAAAUCCAAGCGGAGUGUGCUCUACAAGGCUCUCUGCUUCCUCCUCCUCAUCUUCCAGGGCGGCAUUCUGGACUUCUACCUCAUCAUCUUCACCGACCUGUACUGGUGCUCCUGGAUAGCCACGGACCUGGUGGUGAUCUCGGGCUGGGGGAUUUUCUUCAUGAAGAACGCGCGGAGCAAGAGGGAGCGGGCCUGCGGCUUCCACCAGAAGAGCUCCAUCUUCGGCUGCAACCUCGGGGAGUUCACCUACGCCUACCUGGCCUGGCUCAUCUAUGUCAUCGCCUGUACUCCGAAGGUGGUGCUCAUCCUGGAGACCUCCAUCCUGGACCUGAUCGCGCUCAAGGUCCCGUGCGGAGUGACCGGCUUCAAGAUCAUCAUGCUGCUGUCCGCGCCGCUGCUCUUCUGCCUCAUCAACUCCAUCAUCGAGGACCUGAACGGUGCGACGCGGCACCGCUCCCAGAGCUGCUUCAUGAGCACCUGCCUGGACCUGCUGGACAGCUUCACGCUGGUAGAGAUGCUGCUCCGGAACGAGAUCCCCGUCGUCUACUUGAAGUAUACCGUGAUCUCGGUGUAUUUCGUUGCCCUGGCCGUGCCGGUGAUCUGGCUCUACGAGCUGACGGCGUCCGAGCUGCGCUGCCGGUGGCUGUGGGCCCGCUUCUCCACCGGCCUGGUGGUCAACGCACCCCUGCUGGUGGUCAGGUGCUUCCAGGUCUACGUCUACAAGAUGCCGGUGUCGGUGUUCAUGUUCAAAAACAUCUUCUUCCUGGUGUGUAAGCUCCUGGAGCUGGUGGAGCAGUGCGCGGCGGUGCAGGGGGUCCGGAGGCUGGCCGGCGGUAGCAACCCGGCCCAGUUCUCCCACUGCGUGUCCGAGAACGACAUGUGUCCGCACGGGUACGUCAACACCCUGGCCGUCACCCAGUCUUAAGAGCCCGGGCUGAGGGCCCAGGGUGCUCGAGAGCCGUCUGCCUGUGGCGAAGUCGUGGUGCGUUCCAGACACAGCUGGAAAAUGGAAAAUCCCAGUUAUAUCCGAAUUACAACCAACUAUUGGGAGCAUAAAGACUAGUUUUUUGGUUGAGUAGGCUACUCGUUAAAAUGUACUUGUUCCAAAUAAUUUUUCCACAUUAUCUAAAUCAAAUUAGACCCUUAAUCUUGCAAUAGUGCAUUUAAUUAAGUGCUGGUAAUAUGUCAACUGAAUUACUUUUUAGAGUGUAACUAUGGCUAAAUAAUGCUCCAAAGUUGGGCUAAAGUUUGGCAUGGUCGUUUUCAAUUAGAUUCCUUGACCUCUGACCUCAAAAUAUCUGAAUGAAAAUGCGUUCUAAGGGUUUUGCAUGUGGUAUAAAUGUGUUAUUUUCUAUAUACUGGGGUCCAUAAACAUUGGUGGAAUUGCAUAAAAUGGGCAUGAAUGGAAAGCUGACACAUACACAUACCUGCAUAAGUCAGGGCCACUUGUGCAACCCCAGUCAGAAUAGUCUGAAAAUGCCACUAAACAGACACAAAUUAGACCACAGAUAUUUUUGUCCUAGGGUCCUCCAUCUGAUAGGCAUUUUUUUUUUCUUUGAGAGGUUUUAUCACAGAAAGUGUAUGCAACCCAUAACCUAAAUAUGGAACUACAGUAGAAAUAAAUGAUUCCCCUUUUUGCUGCAGAACCCCUGGAACCCUCUCAAGGACACCUGGGGACACCACUUUAAGGAUACAAACUGAAACUCAUUAAACAAAUAGGCUACAAUUAAAUGUGCUGUAACUGCACUGAGGUUAAUAUGAUGUGAUGCAAAAACAAAAAUAUAUAGAUUCAUCAUUAAAGGCUUAAACCGUUUCUAAAGCAGUGUGACUGUGUAGGUGUUUACAUCGUGUGUUGCUACAUUAGAUUGACGUCAGAUAACUGCAUCUCUGAUAGCUUUGAGCUCACUAACCCCUCUAAGCUUUAUAUUUCUUACUUUCGGGGCCAAUGGCAUUUUAUAUAACUGGAGAAUUUCACAUUUUUGGACAUGUCUGGAACGCAUCAUGGGUAUCAGCCUUACAACGCUCCUUCUUCAGACCAGUCUACAGGUGCUACAGUCAAACCCAAUACCUGCAAUAGCCCAAAACACAUGGAGAACCAACACAGGACCUUGUGGAGUUGUGUGUGUGUUCAGUCUGUGAGUGUAUUCACCACACUUGGUUGGGAGACAGAGAGACCAGACUGUGUGUUAUGUUGGGACGCAAAGUGCAAUUUGAAGAAUCCUCUAAUCUGACUCAGAGCUCCAUCCUUGUACAUCAGUGUUUUCUAUUGAUGCCAGUGUCGUAUGCGGGUCCAUGCUGGUUCUAACACUGAGAGUAGAGUAGACAGGGGUGUGUACGUUAAUGCCAUGAAUCCAACAGUGCCAUGACAAACAGGUUUUCUACAGCCUUUUUCAAAUAGAACCCUGGACAACAGGAGCUUCUGUUGGUCGCUGGCUGUGCCACUGUUUUACUACUUCUGUCACUUUUUGGAUCUCGAGUCCUCAAAGAUCACUGGCUACUGGUCACUCUUACAUCUGUUUUUAAGCGUCUCUGGGUCACCCAAGGGCCCAGCUCUCAAUUUUUCCAAAAAACACCCAUUUAUUCAUUCACCUGCCUGCAGUAUUUCUUCUUUGCUAAAAAGGUCACAUGCACCAAGUAUACAGAAGAUCAGAGCAGACUCUGAAAAAGGUAGUUUUCAACACACCUGUGAGUCAAGUGUGAGACUGUAGGUAUUUUGGUUUCUUUCUUAGUACUUUAUAACAAAUUGAAUCCCAUUUCUCUUGAGAAAAUCAAUUUAAAACCUCUUUUCGCUAUGUCAUGACAAAAUAAGUAAUGGCAGUCUCUUACCAAGCCAAAUCAAUUAUGAGAUAGGAAGUCCAAGUCACAACCUUGACCUGAAAGUCAUAACUUUUACAUAAAGCUGCACUAAUCAAUAUUUUUAUAUUAAGAAUAGAUCAGAUGGCUAUGUGUAAUCUAAUGUUUCUGAUCUGGAGGAACCCACAAAGACUCCAACUCUGCAGUUCCUCUCACCUCUACCAGGAUCUUUAGCUUCUUUUAGCCCACAACUCCAAAUGACUGAUGCUCUUUCUGCUGAAUGUGUAACCACAUUCACAAUACCUAGUCCCUCCAAGAUUUCGUGGGCUUUUUGGGGGAUUGUUUCGGCCUCAAAUGCCUGAUUUUAUGGCAGCUUUUCUAAAGAUUGUGAUGGAUGUUGUUUUUAAGCAUUUCUUUUUUAGAUAAAUCAUUAAAAUCAAAGGCAUCUUGUUCUUGAGAAUGAGUGAGAAUAAAAGUAGUUUGGUGACAUAUGGCUCAACGUUUUGGGACUGCUAUGAAACUCAAGGGAAACUACAAUGAUGGGUCAAAUUUGCCAAUAAGUUGUGGUGAUUGGACAAAACUUUGCACAAAAUUCACAGGGAUUGGUUGAAUUUGUGUUAAUUGUUUCUAUCACAGCAUAACAUAAUAAUGAGCUCCUCUCUUCCUCUCUCUCUCUUUCUGCACUCAUUCAUGUCCCAUUAAUGCAUGUUACUAACUUCACUUCUUCCCCGGAGUUCUUGUGCUUUCUCGUCUCGCAGGUUCUUGUCGAUCCUGGUGGAGCCUCCUGCCAUGGUCCUGCUAGAUUGCCAUUGCCAAUACUGUUGUUGCUGUGCACCUGUCUGUCUCUCUCUCUCUCUCUCUCUCUCUCUCUCUCUCUCUCUCUCUCACCCCAACUGGUCGAGACAGACGACCACCCACCUAGAGCCGGAGGAUCUGUCCUAGGUUUCUGCCUUUUAACAGGCAGUUUUUCCUUGCCCUUGUCGCCAAGUGCUUGCUCAUGGUGGUACUGUUGGGUCUCUGUAAUUAAUGUUUUAAAGAGUUCGGUCUAGACCUGCUCUAUUUGAAAAGUGUCCUGAGAUAACUUCUGUUAUGAAUUGGCGCUAUACAAAUAAAAUUGAAUUGAAUUGAAUUGGUGGACAGCCAUUUUCAGGUCUCUCCAGAGAUGCUCAAUUGGGUUUAGGUCAGGGCUCUGGCUGGGCCAGUCAAGAAUGGUCACAGAGUUGUUCCGAAGCCACUCCUUUGUUAUUUUAGCUGUGUGCUUAGGGUUAUUGUCUUGUUGGAAGGUGAACCUUCGGCCCAGUCUGAGGUCCUGAGCACUCUGGAAGAGGUUUUCUUCCAGGAUAUCUCUGUACUUGGCCGCAUUCAUCUUUCCUUCAAUUGCAACCAGUUGUCCUGUCCCUGCAGCUGAAAAACAUCCCCAUAACCUGAUGCUGCCACCACCAUGUUUCACUGUUGGGAUUGUAUUGGGCAGGUGAUGAGCAGUGCCUGGUUUUCUCCACACAUACCGCUUAGAAUUAACGCCAAAAA